AUGUUUCUGCAGUUUCUUUAUUUUAAAUGCUUGGGAAUUUUUGUUGAGGCAUAAUAUAUUUAGAAUUUUGUCACUUCUUAAAUUUCUAAUAACGAAGGUCAAUAUUUUAAUAUUAAUUUAGGAUGGACAGUCGUAAAUCCUUAUAAUGGAGCAACUAAUAAUAUUACUAAUUGUGGAGGAAACAUCAUUUUUGGAGGAUACCAAGUUUUUGGAUGCACUUCACCAGCAAUACCUUAAGUAACUUAGGUGUUGAAAUAUUUUAUUCUGCCACCUCAUUAUAAUUUACGUAUUAAUAUCAGAUACUGGAAGUUUUAAUAUUAUCUUAUAUUAAGAAUUGAUGAUUGGCCAACCUCCCAAUACUUUUAUAUAUUUGCAGAUUAAUGGGUCCAAAGUUGGUAUGUUGUAGCAAAUACAGGAUCUAAUUUAUGUGGUGGUUCUGGUACAGAAUUUAGUGCUUUAUAAUUUAUUGAUUAUCGUCAGCAUACAUUAAAUUCAGUAAUUGCCAGAUUUUCAUCAGACUGUAAUUAAUAGGUAUUUGUUUAACUUUUUAAAUUUUAAGAAUUUUUGGGGAAUUACUGAUUUUUAAAUAUUAUUACGUGAAUGUUACAAAGGAUGUUUAUUUUGUCUAGAUGAUACAACAGAUUGUAUUUUGUGGAAAGUAUGGUAAUCAUAUUUUGAUUUAUAAUAUCUCGGCAAUGGUUUUGAAGGUUGGAUAAAAAAUAAAUUUUCAUCGUUUACAUAUCUAAUUAAUAAUAAUUUAUGUAAAUUUGCAUAUAAUAUAUUUAGCUUAAAUAAAAAUGUUGAUCAUAAAUUAAGGAGAAUCUGCAAUCAAUUAUUUAUUAUUACCUGAUCAUAGUUCCUUAAUUAUUCAAUUUAGAAUUGAUUUUCUCUCAAAUUUACCAUAAACAAUUAGAAUUUAUUUAAAUGAUGAAUAAUAACUAGAAUUUACUACUAAUUUUAGAAGAUAUAUUGAUUAUAGAAGUUCAAUAAUUAAUGAUUCAAGAAAUUAAAUUAAAUUAGAAAUCAGAAGUAUUAAUGGUAGAAUAGCUAUUCGUGAAUUAUAAAUAAUUCUUCGAGGACCAAUAAAUUUAAUUUCAUGUAUUGAUGAUAAUAUAGAACCUUUUGAUGGCUGUUUUGCUAAACAAGAAUCAUGUUAAUAAGGAUGUUCAUUUUGUGUUAAUAGAUAAUGUCUUAUGUGUGAUAAUUAAUGGGUUUAUAAUGAAUUAAAUAAUAAUUGUGAACCUUUAUGUGGAGACAAAUUUAUUAUAGCAAAUGAAUAAUGUGAUGAUGGGAAUGACUUUCCAUUUGAUGGUUGUUAUUAAUGCCAAUUUUCAUGUCCUUUAAAUUGUCAUAAUUGUUUAUUUGGUAAAUGUUAGGAAUGUCUAAAAGGUUAUUAUUAUUCUAAUGGAAUAUGCAAUUAAAUAUAUGAAAAUUUAUUUCAAGUAGCAAAUUCAUAAUUAAUUAAAAAUUAUAAUGUAAAUUAAAUUUCUUUAGCUUUUUAUGAUGACAUAAACUUCAAUUAAAUUCAUUUGUAUUAUCAAGAAAGAUCAAUUUUUGAAAAUGGAGUUGAAAUAUUUGAAUCUUUAUGUUCACCUCUUUGUUAAGUUUGUAUAUAUAAAAAUUGCUUGGAAUGCUUAAGUAAUCAUUUACUAUUAAAAAAUUAAUGUAUUCCUAGAAUAAAUAAAGGGAUACUUUUAUUUGAAGAUGGAAUUCAUUUGAGUGAAUAUUUAAUUGGAUGUUAUCAAUGUUCAGAGAGCUGUCAGAUUUAAUGUCUAUAAUGUUAAAAUUCAUAUUGUAUAUAAUGUAUGGAAGGUUGGUAACUUUUUAAUGGAUAUUGCAAAUAAGUUUGUGGAGAUAAUCAAGUAGCUAUAUUAUCUCAAGAACAAUGUGAUUCAAAUUUAGAAGAUUGCUUAAAUUGUAAUAAUCUUUGUUCUGAAGAUUGUUAAUAUUGUUUGGAUGAUAAGAAAUGUUUAAUAUGUUAUGAGAAUUAUGUAGAAAUUGAUCAUUAAUGUUAAUUAGCUUGUUAAAAAGAGUGUAAAGAAUGUUUUCAAGGUAUAUGUUUAGAUGAUUUCUCAAAUGAAGAAACUAAUGUUGAUGAUGCUUAGAAUUAAAUUUGUGGUGAUGGUAUUAGAUAAUAAAAAGAAUUUUGUGAUGAUGGAAAUAACAUAUAAUUUGAUGGAUGUUAUAAUUGCCAAUUUUCAUGUCCACUUAAUUGUGUAAAUUGUAUUGAUGGUAUUUGUUAUAAAUGUGAAUAACAAUUACAAUUAAAAUAUAAUUAAUGUUAUGAAUAUUGUGGAAAUGGUAACAAAAAUUAAGAUGAAUUAUGUGAUGAUGGCAAUAUUAUUGAUGCUGAUGGUUGUUCUUCUAAUUGUAACAUAGAAGUUGAUUAUGCAUGUAUUGAAAAUUAUAAUGGAUAUUCUGAAUGUCAAUAUUCUAAAUCUCCUUAAAUGA